UUAGUUUCAUCACUAGGAUCAAUUAUAUCAUUCAUUAGUGUUUUAAUUUUCAUUUUCAUUAUAUGAGAAGCAAUAACCUCAAAACGCUUCGUAAUUAACUCUCAAUUUCCAACUUCAUCAAUUGAAUGACAACUUAAUCAUCCGCCAUCAGAACACACAUUUAAUCAAAUCAAUAUUUUAAUUAAAUAACUAAUGAUAUCAUGAGCUAACCUAUCAUUUCCAAACAGAAACUCCCCAAUUAUAGAACAGUUAAUUUUUUUUCAUGACCAUUCUAUAACAAUCAUUGUUUUAAUUACCUUAAUUACACUUUAUAUAAUUAUAAAUGUAGUUUUAAAUUCUAUAACAAGUCGGUUCCUUAUAGAAGGUCAAGAGAUUGAGACCCUUUGAACCAUUAUCCCUGCUGUGAUUUUAAUCUACAUUGCUCUCCCAUCUCUCCGACUACUUUACUUAAUAGAAGAAUCAUUCUAUCCAUCAAUCUCAAUAAAAGUUAUCGGGCAUCAAUGAUAUUGAUCAUAUGAAUACCCCGACUUCAACAUUGAACUUGAUUCAUUUAUAAUCCCAAAUUUUGAUGAAAACCUAUCCACAUUCCGUUUAUUAGACGUUGACAACCGAAUUGUCCUGCCUUAUAAUACUAAUAUACGAAUCCUAAUUACAUCUGCUGAUGUUAUUCAUUCAUGAACAAUCCCAACACUUGGAGUCAAAAUAGAUGCAGUCCCAGGACGAUUAAAUCAAAUUUCAACAAUAGCUAGACGCCCAGGAAUCUUUUAUGGCCAAUGUUCAGAAAUUUGUGGAGCAAACCAUAGUUUUAUACCUAUUUCUAUAGAAGUUACAUCACUAAAUAAUUUCCUCAAUUGAAUUAAACUAUUUU